AUGUUGACCGGCAAAGACCCAAAUAUUGAGGCUAGGAUUCUUCUUGCACUGCGUGCCCUUCAAAAUGAUCCAAAAUUAAGUCUCCGACGCGCCGCAGGCAUCUACCAGGUCCGUUAUUGGACUUUAUAUCGCCGACAGAAGGGUAUCCUUUCUACGCGUGAUUCUAUCCCAAAAUCACGCAAACUAUCUGAUCUAGAAGAACAGAUCAUAGUUCAGUUCAUUCUCGAUCUGGAUUCGCGAGGGUUUCCCCCGCGACUGCGUUGUGUUGAGGAGAUGGCUAACCGAUUGCUCGCCGACCGCGAGACGCCGCCUGUCGGCAAGCGCUGGGCCUCUAACUUCGUCAAGCGACACAAAGACCUCAAGACGCAUUUCCCCCGUAAAUAUGUGUUGAAUAGUGUCAAAAGGAAGCUCAUGGAAAGAGCCAAAUGUGAAGAUCCGACCAUUAUUCGCAACUGGUUUAGGCUCGUAGCAAAUGUAAUUGCGAAGUAUGGCAUCCGACCUGAUGAAAUCUACAACUUUGACGAGACUGGCUUUAUGAUGGGCGUUAUUGCGAGCGGAAUGGUCGUCACAGGUGCUGAAAGGCGUGGAAGACCAAAAUCAGUGCAGCCUGGAAACCGGGAAUGGAUUACAGUCAUUCAGGCGAUCAAUGCCGAGGGCCAAGCGAUCCCGCCGUUCAUCAUAGGUGCGGGCCAAUAUCACCGCGCCCACUUGUUACGACCCAACUAA